GGGAGCCAUAAUGGCGGCUUUGUGCUUUCAGUUUCCUGCCUUUGAGUGCACUUUAACCUUUGCCCCGCCCACUUAGUUGACACGCGUGUUUUCUGUUUUGCAAGCAUGGCUUCUUCAGCUAAGAGGAGAGCAGUAGGUUUAGGUCAAAAUGCCGGAGAAACUGAAAGCAGCUCUGAUGAAAAUCCAGAGAGGGAUGAUGAUUCCAGGGAUGAAGACAGCGAGGCAUCAGAUGAGGAGAUCAAUGAGGAGGUCAUGGUGGACUUCGAAGCUCACAACAUUUCAGCGAACGACUUCAACGGCGUCAAGAAACUCCUUCAACAGCUGUUCCUGAAGGCUCAUGUAAAUACAUCAGAGAUGACAGACCUGAUCAUUCAACAGAAUCAUGUUGGAAGUGUCAUCAAGCAAGCUGAGGUGCCAGAAGACAGCGAUGACGAAGACCCAGAUGAAGUGUUUGGCUUCAUCAGUAUGCUCAACCUUACAGAGAGAAAGGAUGUGCAAUGUGUUGAGGAGGUGAAGGAACUGAUUUUAGAUCAGUGUGAGAAGAACUCUACCCCCAGCAUGACAGAAGAGCUCGAGCUGAUCCUCAAUGACACCAGCAAGCCAGUGGGGCUACUGCUGAGUGAGCGCUUCAUCAACGUGCCCCCACAGAUCGCACUGCCACUACACAAACAACUCCAGGAAGAAAUAGCUGAAGCUCAGAGGACGAAUAUGCCCAGUGGGAGGUGUCACUAUUGUCUGAUGAUCAGCAAGACCUGCAAAGAAGUGAGCAAGACUAUCCCAGCCAGAGGAGGAGCUCCCAAAGAUGAAUACUUGUUUAUCAACGCAGAGGAGGAAUUCUUCUUUGAGCAAGCUAUCAUGAAGUUCCAGUACUCGGUCCAGGAUGAGUCAGACUCAUGUUUGAGCGGCAGGUGGUCGUUCGAUGAUGUACCGAUGAAACCCUUCAGGACAGUGAUGCUGAUACCAGCCGACAGAAUGCCUGCUAUCAUGGCGAAACUCAAAGAAUACCUAACUGUGUGAAACUUACAAUAAACUUUCAGCUCACACUGAAAUACUUUAGGCUAAUGGAAAUGGUUGUACUUGUAUACCCUUGUAACAGAAAAUGUUUUGUAAUGUCAACCACAGUAGUGCCAGUGUUAUAAACUGCGCAUUUAGUACACAUGAACAUUUUUUACAGAUUUCUGGUUUUAAGAUACCUUGCUUAUACUGCAGAAGUAUACACCUGUUAUAUCAUAUAAAUACAGCAAGUCAUGUUUUUUGAACCUAAGACGUGAUAGAAACAAAUGUCAAUGCAACAGCGGAUAUGUAUGAGCCUAGGGAGGGAUUUCAUUUGCAGCUAAAUCUAAUUAUUGAAUGGUUAAUUCAGUAACCUACAAUAACCAAAUUGUUGGCAAUUCUAGAUUUCACAAUAUAAUCUUGAUUGCUGACAUAAGGAAAAACACUUAAUCUUGUAAAAAAUCAGAAUCCUGAAUUUGAGUUUCUGGUGAUUUUUUUAAUGCGGCAUAUCUGUAGCUCUCUUGCUACUGUUUAUUAAUAAAUCCUUUCUGCAUAACA